AAAUCUGUUCAUGUACUUUUAUGUACAAAAAUUGUUUAUGUGUUUAUUAAUCUGUGCAUAACUAUUUUUUUUAAACAGUAAAGGAGACAUCAGAUUGCUCUUGUGUUUCAAAGAAUCUCGCUUUUGGAGCUGCAGCUGUCCAGUCUUCCACAUACAAUUUUUUUAGGAGCUGCUCAAAAUGCUGUCGAUGGGAAUAGUGAGUCAAAUUACAUGCUGGGGUCCUGCACGCACACUGCAGGGGACAAUCCCUGGUGGAGACUUGCCUUGAAGGAAGUGCACAAGGUAAUCAGGGUUAGUAUCACUAAUCGAGGAGACUGUUGUGCAGAGAGGAUAAUUGGUGCUCAGAUCCGCAUCGGCAACAGCCUGGCAAAUAAUGGCAACAGCAAUGAGCUGACUGCAAUUUUUGAUUUUAUCCAAUCUGGAGAAACAAAAACAUUUGAUUUUAAGCCUGUUAAGGGGAGAUUUGUCAACAUUUUUCUACCUGGGCAAGGAAAAUACCUCACUUUGUGUGAAGUUAAUGUAUUUGCAGUAAAGGAGACACCAGAGUGCUCUUGUGUUUCAAAUUAAGUGCACCAAGAUGAAGUUACACCUCAGUCCCCUCAUUCCUGAAGGAAAAAAAGGGACAAUAAUUUCUAAACUAUACUAAUAUUGCACUUAUUUCAUUCUUCUACUUUUUAAAUGCAUAUUUUAUCCUUAAGAGCUGAUUCAAUGCAACUUAAAGUAAAAGUUUUUUUUUUAAUGCCUUGACAAAAUGUGCUGUAAGUGAAAAUUUUUACAUUAUGCUGAGUAACUAAACAUGUUUUUACAUGGGGCCGGUUGAAUAAACUGCCUAGACUAGCCUUAAUUUUGUCAUCUAAUUUGCUAAAUGCUAGUUGGUCAACUAGUUCUUAAGACACAGUCUUAAUGGCCGUUUAUGCAACUGACCAAUGGUUAUACAGAACUGGUGAUUUUGAACUGUUAUCCAUUACGCUUUUGUUGGGCUACUUGUUGCAGAAUAAUACCCUAAACACAGCUCUUCCAUCUUUGCUUUCUACAUGAAUAAAAAAUGGCUAAAGCAUUAAA